AUGGCUUAUUCUAGGGCUCAGGUAUCCACUGCUCUCUUUCUCUCCCUCAACUUGGUGUUCUUGACCAUGGUUAGCUCUACUAAUAUCCCAUUAAUACCUGCUGGCCCUACUCUUAACUCUAAGGCUAAGUGUUCAUUGGACACUCUUAAGUUGGGAGUGUGUGCAAACUUGUUAAAUGACUUGGUGCACGUUGUUGUUGGGACCCCACCCAAGUCCCCUUGUUGCACUCUCAUCCGAGGUUUGGUUGAUCUCGAAGCUGCUGUUUGCCUUUGCACUGCUAUUAAAGCUAAUGUUUUGGGCAUCAAUCUCAACAUUCCAAUUUCAUUGAGCUUGCUUCUAAACAAUUGUGGCAAACGUGUUCCAUCUGGAUUCCAAUGUUAUUGAAAAUAUUUAGAUUUCAUUAUUUUUUAUAUGCUACUACUCAUUAU